AUGAACCCAUAUAUCCCGUAUAUCGCUACGUCUGAUGAGCCAUGCCGGUCGAUGUAUACCCAGCUGCAUCAAGUCGGGUCCAUGGACUGCUUCUUUGACUCAAAUUCUCUAAUGACAGGAAGUGACUUGGACACGGCAUAUCAGCCCGACCCGGGAUGUUCGCUCCUACCGAUGUUCAACGCAUCCGCCCUGGAAGAAUGCAUGUGGUACCAUGAUUCGCCUUCCAGUGCGUCAAGUUUCAGUGAACUCGUCUACUCGGGAGCAGACUUUUACGGAUUCGAGGGCGACGGCGAUAUCCCUGCAACCGGCCCUCAACUGCUUGCUGGGGAAGCAAGCCAUGCAUCCGAUUUCGAGACUCCCCUGGACUCUCAGCAUUUUGACAUGUUUACUCCGCCGGACUUGGCCAUUGAGCCCCGCAAGCUAGAGCUCGAUAGCGGCUUUGGCGCGACGGAGUGCCUCGAACCGGACCUGCUGUCCGGCGUCAACUCGCCCCCGGCACCAGAGGCCUACUGCACGCAAGCACGGAGCGCCGAGGACCAAGCCUGGCAAGAGGUCGGGCCCAACGAGGAGGAAGCCCCGCCCCGCGAAGGAGGCGAGCCCGACCAACGGCUCUGCAAAAGGCGGCUGAGGCUCGUCCCCACGGAGAGCCGUGCGAAAAGACGGGCGGCAAAGCCACGCAAAGGCUACCACCGCUCCCUCACGGCCACGGACGGCCCCGACAGCCGCAAACUCGAAGACAGGAUCCUGCUGGAAGCCCGGGCGCAGAACAUGACGUACAAAGAGAUCCUGGACAAGUACAACUUUGCGGUGACGGAGUCGACCCUGCGCGGGCGCUACCGCGCCAUCACCAAGGACAGCGCCGAGCGGCCCCGGAGCCCGCAGUGGACCGAGAGUGACGUCGGCUUGCUCCUGCAGGCGGUGCCGCUCUUCCGCCGACGGUCGGGAAGGUCGCGCGUGUACUGGAAGGGCGUGUCGGACUACAUCUCCACCAACGGGGGGUCGCGGAGCUUUGGCUUCUCGACUUGCCAUCGGAAGUAUCUCGAGGUGACGGGCGGGUUGGGGACAGCCGUGAGCCGAUGCGAAUAG